CUGACUAUAUGCAAGAUCACUCCUGUGUUUUAAGAUGGACUUUACUGGAGGGGAAAUAUAUGAGUCCAGCUUUGACCCCAAAGCAUAUCUUGCUUCUUUCUGUAGCCUGGGAUCUGGAAGAGACGACAUUCUAACAUUCCGACUUAAAAAAUGUUUUGAAACAUUUGGACCAGGAGGCCUCACAGGAAAUGUUUUGGUUGAUAUUGGGACUGGACCGUCGAUAUAUCAUCUCCUCUCUGCCUGUGAAUCUUUUCCUCAUAUCAUUGCGACCGACUUCACAGAGAGCAAUAGGCAGGAGCUGGAGAGAUGGUUGAGAAGGGAACCGGGAACCUUCGACUGGUCAGGGAUUGUGAAGACCGUCUGUGAUCUGGAAGGUGACAGAGACAACUGGGUGGAAAAAGAGAACAAGUUACGAUCCAGAAUCCAGAAAGUUCUGAAGUGUGACGUAACGAAGGGUAAUCCACUAGAUCCCACAGUGAUCCCCCCUGUGGAUUGUCUGACCACGGCUUUGUGCUUGGAGACUGCCGGCAGAGAUAUUGAUGCUUAUCGCUGCUCCCUGAGGAACAUAACAACCCUGCUGAAACCUGGAGGACAUCUGGUUCUGAUCGGUGUCCUUGGAGACUCUUUCUAUAAGGUGGGAGACAAAACUUUCUUCUGUCUGCCAUUGGAUGAAGAGACGGUGAGGAACGCUGUCAUAGAUGCGGGGUACAGUAUUCAGGACAUGGAAGUCUAUUACAUCCCCGAUAAGACCACAUGUGCCCACAUUACAGACACAUACGCCAAUGUUUUUAUUGUGGCACAGAAAAACCUCGAUAUACCAUGAGAAAGAGGAUGACUAUGAUACAUAAUGCACGGAAAAAGAUAAUAUUAAUAAUAAUAACAUCAACAAUAACAAAAAUAAUUAUAACAUAAAGAAAUUAAUACAUUAAAACUGAAGUCAACAAAUAAUUGUAGCUUUGUCUUAGGAGGACACACCUUCCAUUGAUAUGUAUAGAAACAAUGACAAGUAUUUAGCAUCUGGAAUGAUUAUAUAGUGGGAAAAAAAUGAGUAUAUUCUGUGAUCUUUUCUUUAUACACUGUGUUGUCGUGUGCUCCUGUACUGUCAGAGCACCUGUUGAAUGGUCUGAUAGGCUGGGGAAUUCUGAACACCACCAAGCCAUUUCAGAAUAACUGGGAAGCAAAUUCCUUGGGAUGGAGGACGAAGUGUGAGCAAAGGCCCAGGAAGAGUAUGAUAGUGAGUACAGCCCUGGAGCAUAAAACAGGAUAUAACUCAGGAUCAGCACGGGAUAAGUAAUGUAAUGUAUGUACACAGUGACCUCACCAGCAGAAUAGUGAGUACAGCUCUGGAGUAUAAUACAGGAUAUAACUCA